AUGUUACGGAUACUUUCUCUUUCUGAUAAUAGUAUCUCCGGCAAUCUUCCAUCCUCAAUUGCCAAUGGACUUCCUGUUCUCGAAGUUCUCUAUCUUGGUGGCAAUCGAUUAAGUGGAAAAAUUCCUGCCUCUAUUUCAAAUUUUUCUAAGCUUACUGUUUUGGAUCUUGGUAACAACUCUUUCAGUGGACAAGUACCCACGAAUCUUGGGAAUUUACAGAACCUACAGUUUCUAAGUUUUAUGGGUAAUCAGUUAACAAAUGAUCCUUCAAUGCUUGAAUUGGAUUUUCUUACUUCAUUGCAAAAUUGCUGGAAGUUGAAGAGAAUAGGGAUAGGAUUAAAUUCUUUUGACGGGAUAUUACCCAAAUCGUUGGGUAAUUUGUCAUCAACUGUUGAAUUUUUCACAGCCAGUUAUUGUGGUAUUAAAGGUAUCAUUCCUAACGAAAUUGGUAAUAUGAGAAACUUGUUAGAGUUGGACAUUGGAGGCAAUGAAUUGACAGGAACAAUUCCUACCACAUUGGGUCAAUUAAGAAAAUUGCAAAAGCUGAGACUUGAUGACAAUAAACUACAAGGGUCAGUGCCUGUCAACCUCUGUAAUUUGGAAAAUCUGUAUUAUCUAGAUUUGGGGAUUAAUCAGCUUUCUCAAGAGCUACCAACUUGUUUAGGGCAUCUUACCUCUUUACGAGAAAUUUAUUUAGAUAACAACUCAUUGACUUCCACUAUCCCAUCCACACUGUGGACUAACAAGAAUAUUCAGAUUUUGAGUUUCACUGAUAAUUUGCUGAAUGGGUCGCUGGCUCCAGAAAUUGGAAGCAUUGAGGGCAUGCGAGAGUUAUAUCUAUCGGGAAAUCAAUUCUCAGGUUAUAUUCCAAGCACUAUAGGACAACUUCAGAAUUUGGAAAAUCUAUCAUUAUCAAACAAUCGAUUACAUGGUCCUAUACCUGAAUUGUUCGAUAAUCUUAUUUCCUUGAAAAUGUUGGAUUUGUCCAAGAACAAACUCGAUGGUGUAAUCCCCAAGUCAUUAGAGAAACUUGAGUACCUUGAGUAUUUCAAUGUUUCGUUCAAUGAACUCAAUGGUGAAAUUCCAAAUGAAGGGCCUUUCAAGUACUUCACGACAGAUUUUUUCAUAGGCAAUAGAGAAUUGUGUGGAGCAUCUCAUUUUAAGGUCAAACCAUGUGAACAUAAUACAACAAGAAUAUCAAGCAAAACUAGAGUUUUGAAACGCCAUAGCAGAAGUACACUUCAACCAGCUCACUCUACUUCCCCCAGCAUCGUCAAGAGGAUUUCAUAUUAUGAAGUUCUAAAUGCUACCAAUAAAUUUGGUGAAGAGAAUUUGAUUGGCAAGGGCAGUAUUGGUUCAGUGUAUAAGGGAACAUUUUCAAAUGGAAUGAUUGCUGCUAUUAAGGUUUUUAAUCUAGAUUUGGAAGGUGCAAACCAAAGUUUCGAUACAGAGUGCCAAAUACUUUGCAACAUUCGUCACAGAAAUCUUGUCAAGCCCAGCAACAUACUUUUAGAUGAAGAUAUGGUUGCUCAUGUUGCAGACUUCGGCAUUGCCAAGCUUUUCCCUGAAGACCAGAGAAUUUCGAUUACCAAGACGUUGGGCACCAUCGGAUAUAUGGCUCCAGAAUAUGGAUCAACUGGAUUAGUAUCAACUAUGGCGGAUGUUUAUAGUUAUGGGAUUAUGCUGAUGGAAACAUUUACCAAGAAGAAGCCAACAGAUGAUAUUUUUAUCGGAGAGUUCACAAUGAGGAAAUGGGUGCUUGAAUCAUUCCCAGAUGCAAUAACGCAAAUAGUAGAUGUCGAUUUAGUGAAUGCUGCUGAAGACAAUAUUCGAGCUAAGGAGAGUUGCUUCAGAUUAAUCAUGGAACUAGCACUAGAAUGCACGACUGAUUUGCCCGAGGAGAGGCUCAUUGCUAAAGAUGUUCUAACAAGGCUCAAGAAGAUCAAGACGAAAUUUUGUUAA